CAUGGAUGACAAUAUAUAUUAACCCAGGAAAUGUGGACCAAUUUGAAUAUUUGACCGGGAGCCAGGCCCCCGAUCGAGCAAGGUAGACACGAGCACACCAGACCAGACAACCUUUAUAACUCCCGCCCCCGUCUUCUUCUCGCUCUCGCUCUUCCAACCUCACGUACGGCCACCAAACCUCCCAAGUUCCCAAUUCCUAGCCCACUCAUCAUAUUACAUCCCAGCGCGCGCGCGCACACACACAGCCGCGUACCGUCCACGGUCCACCUAGGCUAAGCCAAGCCAAGGCAAGGCGCACGCAGUGCCAGGCAUCCAUGGGCAACGCUCUGGCGGGCCGCCGGCGCGCGGCCAAGGUGAUGACGGUGGACGGCGCCACGUUCCGCUACAAGACCCCCGCCACGGCCGGCGCCGCGCUGCGCGGCCACCCGGGCCACCAGCUCCUCGAGUCCGACGAGGUCCGCCGCCUGGGCGUCCGCGCGCGCCCGCUUGACCGCGACGCGGCGCUCAAGCCAGGGAAGCUCUACUUCCUCGUCCAGCUCCCCCGCGGCCCGGCGCGCUUCGAUGCCGAUGCCGGCGCCGAGGACGACGCGCGCGCGCCGCGCAAGACGUGGUCCGGCGCGCUGCACGUGGGCGCCAGGGAGCGGCUGGAGAGCCUGAUGCUGUCCCGCCGCACCGUGUCCGACGUGGCGUCCAUGAUGCCGCGCGGCGCCGUGCCCGGGUCCGGUGGCGGAAGGGCAUCGUCCGUGGAGGCCGGCGGCGGGGACGACGGGGCCCCCGUGAGGCUGCGGAUGCGGCUGCCCAAGGCGGAGGUGGCGCGGCUGAUGAAGGAGAGCAAGGACCCCGCCGAGGCCGCCGAGAGGAUCAUGCAGCUCUGCGUCGCCAGAGACCAGGGCGCGCACCACGCCGCGCCCAUGCCGUCCGCCACCGCAGCCAAUAGGAACACGGCCGUCAAGAAAGAGAAGCGGACGAGGUUUAUGACCGUGCCGGACGAGAUCAUCGGAUGACGAAACGGGACGGCGUCUCGUCGUCGUUUCUUUCAGUUUGUUUUUGUUUUUGGGGGGCGAAAAUUAGUUGCUGGGUUUGGAACACGAGAAGCUGCCGAGAUACAUAUAUGGCUUCCUAUCUCCCCAGCAAUUCUGAGCUAGGAUAUGCCCAUGAACGAUGUUUGUUUCUCUUUCUCCAUCUCAAGACUCAGAUAGGUACUGUACGUACAACUAGCCUAUAUCAUAGUAGUAACUACGAAAAAAAAAAGUUUAUUACUGUACCUAUAACCAGUUCCUGUAAAUAUUCCGCUGCUUAAUUAUCGGUGCAGUGCGGCGUGCUUUCAGUCGUUUA